AUUGCCUAUGUUCUCAAAUUAUAAUACCAGUAUAUUUUGGCAGUGGAGAAGAUUUAUGUCAGACAUGUCAAAGUAAUAAUUUGUUUGCAAGACUUCGCUGUUUCGUUGUGUUGUAAAUGGGAAUAAUACUUGUUACCUGCUUUGAUAAUUGUGCCGCUGAGUGACCAGUUUCGAAACAAUACAUGUGUAUUCACUGGGAAUGCCUAGGGAAAGAGCCAGAAGACAGAAUCGUGAAGACGGAGCUGCUGGUCGAAGACGUGUUGAGCACGCCCCAGACAGAAGAGCCAUCAGGGCAGGGGCUAGAGCUGCAGCCAGGGAUGCAAGACGGAGGGAAGUGCAGAAUGCCUUGCGUGGUGGUAACGGCCAGGAAAAUAUUCCUCUGCCUCCACCCCAGUUUGUUACAGCUGAGGUACAAACAGACGAUUGUUGCUUUGAACAACCACACGUGGCGUGGAUUGUGGGGUCCUCGAUCCCCUACUGGGCAGAACAGAGGGCCAGGUAUCGUUCCCCCAGUUCUUCCUCUAACUUGGGGAUUGAUGAAAGAAAGAUCACUGUACAGUGGAUGACAAGACGGGGCAUGGUGUGGGACGAGGUCAGGCCAAUGCUCGCACGGGCAUUUAAGGAAGCGCCUUAUCUUCCAGAUGCAAUUAUCAUCCAUUGUGGUGGUAAUUCUCUGCUUCAACAAAAAAAGGACACUACACUGGAGCCUGACAUUGGGUACAUGAGGUGCGACGACAACGAUAAUAGCAAGUUACUUAAUUAGCCUGACCACUCUUAGUUAUUUCCCUUGGUAAUUUUUUUCCUGAUAAAUCGUGAAUUUCGUUUUUUGCAAUUUUGAGCUAUUAUUCUGCCAUUUCAUUCUAGGACACCAAGCGAACAACAUCAACUAUUGUCAAAUUUAUCCCACCCACCCAGAACCCAAAUUUUUAUGUAAAUUCAUUGUUCAUUUUAUAUUCAUAGUUGUGGUACUCUUGCUGCUGCUGUAUAUGUUAUGUAAAUUAUUUUUCGGAGUAUCAAAAUAUAUGUAUUAUUCAAUUCAUUUUAAUUUUAGUUAUGAUUGUGUACGUGUAGAAUUAUCUGGCUAACCAGUAGGUACUUUAUGUUGACUGGGCUUGAAAUUGUUGUUUAUAGUCAGUACGUCUAAUAGUCAUUUGUUUCUUCACCUCUGAGCUAUAGGUGUAAGCUGUCAAAUAAGCGUGAAGUGUUAUUAAUUUUAUCACAUCUCUAUUACACCUUAAUCUUAGUCAAGUUCAGCGACUAAGUAAACUGGUGCGGAACCCAGGAAUACUGGUUGUCUCACUUAAAUAAAAUAAGCAGCGAAAACAAGUCACAUUCAGUUAUAGGAGUGCUUGUGGUAUAGCCAUGGUCGAUUAUUCUUCCUCGGUUUACUUUAUCUGUUCCCAUAACAGCGUUAGAGGUAGCCUUGACAUAGUAUGUCGGCGUUGUGUCCCAUUUAUAGAUCUUCACUUAUAUGCUUCAAGGUUUUGUCCAAAUUGGUAAAGCGUUUCACGCAGUGAGUCACUGCGUCAGUGAAGCACACAAGUUAGUAACUGGUUUUCAACACAACUGUUAGUCUCAGUGAUUUCUCACAAGUCAGCGAUUUGUUUACAAAGUAACAGUAAAGCGCGCAAAGCAGUGAGUCACUGCAUUAUUAAAGCGCUCAAAGCAGUGAGUCACUGCAUCAGUAAAGAUCACAAGUCAGUACCUGGUUUCUAACAUAUCACUAAAGCUCACAAGUCAGUGACUUGUUUAUAAAGUAUCAGUAAAGAGCUCAAAGCAGUGAGUCACUGCAUCAUUAAAGAGCCUAAAAGCAGUGAGUCAUUGCAUCAGUAAAUAUCACAAGUCAGUAUCUGGUUUUCAACAUAUUACUAAAGCUCACAAGUCAGUGACUUGUUUAUAAAGUAUCAGUAAGGAGCUCAAAGCAGUGAGUCACUCCAUCAUUAAAGAGCCAAAAAGCAGUGAGUCACUGCAUCAGUAAAAUCACAAGUCAGUAUCUGGUUUUCAACAUUUCAGUUCACAAGUCAGUGACUUGUUUACAAUGUAUCAGUAAAGAGCUCAAAGCAGUGAGUCACUGCAUAAUUAAAAAUCACAAGUCAGUGAGUCACUGACUAUCAGUAAAGCACAUAAAUCAGUGAGUCACUGUAUCAGAAAAAAACCGUGUUAGUAGUUAAUCCUUUGCUAAUCCUCUAACGCCUGGGUCGCAAAGUUUGCUUGAACCCCCUUGAAGUGCCCUUACAGUUCUAUGCUUUGUGUUGAUCUAUUUUUGGGAUUUAGUACUUGUAUUAAGUGAUGCAAAUGAAUAUUUGGUUGAUAUUCCAACAUAUCACUACUUCCCCUGCCAAUUAUGUAAUCUCGUUUAAAAUUUAAAAAAAAAAAAUAAAUAAAAAGGUUUAAGUACAUAUUUUCUCAGAUAAAGUACAUAUGUUUUGG